AUGUCUCAAUCAUGUUCGAUAAAGAAAUGCACUCGUACAGCACGUGGAUUAUGUGAUUGUUGCCGACAAAAUCUUUGUUUACAACAUUUAAAUGAGCAUAAUACUUUACUUAUUUCUCAACUCCAUCCUUUAACUGAUGAAAUUAAUGCACUUGAAGUUCGCCUCAAAACGUUAAACAUUCAAAAAAUAAUUGGUAAUAGUCAUGAAAAACUUGAACAAUGGCGUCAAGAGUGUUAUAAGAAAAUUGAUUGUAUUUUUGAACAAAAAUGUCAAGAACUUCAUCAACUUGUUAAUGAAAAAGUUGAUCAACAACGUGAAGAACUCAAGCGAAUAAAUUUGAAAAUAACUGAACUUAUCAAUGCACAAGAAACAACUCGUCAAGAUAUUGAUUUAUUGAUAUCAACUAUUCGUCAGCUCAAAACAAAUAUGAACAAAAUUGAACGAACAUGUUUUACGAUCGAUACUCGUCCAUUAUUAACAGAUGACAUGCUCGUUGUUAUUAAUAAACCAACUGAACAUGAACUUGAUCUAUCAACUCUUUCGCCUGCAUACACAACGAUUCAUCGCACUGAAGAAAGUUUUCCAUCACUAACUAACAAUGAUCGAUAUUUUUUGAUACAUCAACAUCCAGAUUUAUGUUUAUUUGAUAGAGAAAUGAAUAUAGUCAAACAAACAUUAUGGUCUUACGGUGCAAUUCAUGACAUGUGUUGGUCAUCAACAUUAGAUCGAUUCAUUGUACUUGGAAAAAAUAAUAUCUAUCUCAUUGACGAAAAUACAAUGACAGUUGAUAAUGUACAGACAAGCGAAGAACGAUAUUGGGGAUCGUGUACAUGUUCUGACACAGUUCUCUUUGCAAGCACAAAUGAAUAUCCUUCAUCUGUUUUGGAAUUCACAUUAAUCCUAACAAUCGAAUUGAUUAGAGAAUGGAAAUAUCCUCUUACAUGUAUCAAAGAUGAAGGUAUUGCUGAUACUGUUUACAAUAACGGAAAUCUAGCUCUAAUGGUUAUGAGUGAAUCCAAAAAAUCGGUGCGCAUUGAAUUGAGAAAUGCAAAUACAUUCGAUCCUAUAUGGUCACUUAAACUUGAUAUUAGGUGUGUCCAAAAAAUAGCGUUUCGUUGUUGUUCACUCACUUUUAAUGAAUGGCUUAUUAUUGACUAUGAAACUGGACGUCUGAUUCAGAUUACAAAAGAUGGGAAAAUGAAGAAAACAAUUCAAUAUCAUCCGACUCCCUGUCGUGCUAUUCUGUUCGACUUUAAUAAGCUGGCUGUAUUGACUGUAGAUGAUGUUACGCUACAUACAGUCAAAGAAAAUGAAUGA